GCUUUGCAAUAGUCUACACGAACUUAGCCGUUAUGAAAGCUCUGUGCAUGAAGAAUAGUUCUAACAAACAGCAUACCGUGACAAUAAGACGCACCAACCAAGAAUUGUCAUUGGCUUGCAACGAGGCUACCAAAGAAGAAAGAGCAUUCGGCUGGCUAAUGUUUUUACUGUGCGUCACGUUUGUCACUUGUUGGGUCCCACAAAUGUCUGAGAGGAGUUGAAUUCGGCGUUGGACAGAUAGUGCAUCGGUCACCAUCACGCGCGCAGAACGCGAUUUGAUAAUGGAGCUGACCGUCGAGAACGUGUCCGCGUUGUCAUCGGCCGCGAUACCGGCGGAGUUUCCGGGCUCAUAUGGUUUUAUGUUACCUAGCUUCGGCGAGCUGAUAGCCUACACAGGGUUGGCCGUGAUCGGCGUGUUCGGCGUCCUGUUGGAACUGUUCAUCCUGCACCGGACCAGGUCAGACAGAAACAAGAAAUACGUGUUUAUGUUGCGGUGCCUGGCCACCAACGAUUGCAUAGUGAUGGUUGGCGUGUUGGGCCAUAUGUUGGUGAGCGACAUAUGGCCGAACACCAGGAGAAACGUGUGGUCGUGCCGGAUCCGCAUCGUGUGGCGGUUCUUCGCGAUGUGCUCCGGUUGCGUGGCCAUCGCGAUGACUAUUGAACGCUGGCUGGCGAUCACCAACCCGUUUUUUUACCGAAAAGUACGUGCCCGUGUAUCUGUAGCUUAUACCGUACGAUACCCCGCGUUUUAAUUAGAUCGGUUGGGGUUAGGUUAUAGUUGAGAACCAAUUUUUGCAGAUUGUCUCAGCCCUCCCGUUUCACAUGUGUCACCUGCAGAGUACGCCUAUAGUAUGAAAAUAUUAUUAUAUUUGGCACAUUUCUUAAAUUGUUUCACUUAAAAAAAAUCUUAAAGCAUUACAUUACAAAUGUCAUAGUUAUCUUGAGUCAAUAUGCAUGUAAAACAAAAGGCGGGCAAGCUGUAGGAAAAGUGUGUCUAGGUGUAUCGAGUUGAAUUCAAUGAUAUAUUAGUGCAUACAAAAAACGAUUCUGAGCGAAAACUUUGUCAGUUCUUAUCAAUAUAAGUACAUUUUAUGAUAUUGAUUUUAAAUUAAU